GAUUUUCAUAGGCUGGAGCAACAAUGUUGGGUAGCCCAAGUGGAUCAGGCGUACCCACUCAAAGAGGUUUGUGGCCUCUGGGAACUGUGCAAGCACCUACAAUAACUACAUUUUCUAAUGAUGGAUUUAACAAAUAUGGAGUAUACUCCUUAUUUCCCGGCGGACCCAGUUUUGGAAGCACCUUAUAUUCUCAUUCUAGUACUAGUAGCACCACAGGUCGUUUUGCUGCUGCAGGACAGUAUCAGCCUCCCUCUGAAAAUAUUUUUCAUACUUCAUACAAAGUUUCAGAUUCACUUUUUUCAACAACAAGUUACACAUUUGGUGCUCCUACUCCCCCUCCUGGCUCUCCUUACUCUCCGGUUCCUGUUGGACAACUGGAAUUAUUCGCCAAAGGCAUGAAUACUGGAAUUCUCCAGCCAAUUGACGGGGGAAUCCUUCAAACCACUAAGAAGAUUCAAGAUAAAUAUUGUGAAAAAUGCUGCAAUUUCAAAUCUCAAGUUUGCAAUUGUCAGGUAAUAAUUCCUGAACAUAAGUUAACAGAUCCGAUUCAGUGCUGUACUAGAACUACUCCUAUUAAAUGGAAUGAAAUUAACCUGAAAAAAGAACCAUUAGGGCAGAUAUCAGAAAUCAGCACAAAUAGUGCAUCAAUGAUUAAAUUAGAGGUUAUGUCUCCUACACAAACUACAGAUAUUAUUGGAGGUAACUACGUCAGCUUAACAGAACCUUCUCGAUCUGCCAAUACAAUGUCUGUAAACUCAACAACAAUGACUAGCAGUCAAACAGAUAGUGCCAUGAUACACUGUAUAGAUGAUAAAACAUCUGGAAUCGGGACAAGACACAUGGAAGAAACUUCUUAUAUGGCUUCUCCGACAAUGUGGCAAUAUUCUACACCAGUUGCGCCCAUUCCAGUUGAACCAAUACUUCCAGUUCCUGUGCCUCCCUUAGUAGUACGUGAUCCCAAUACAGGUGGUUAUCUGCUUGUAUCCACUAGUGGACUAGAUUCUUUACAACAAACUGUCGUUUGGCCAGGAUAUCCCCAACAUUCGUCAGUAAUAUUGCCAUCUCUGCCACCAGUCCCAUCACCAUCUUUCCAACUACUUCCUCCAGGAGCUUCUCAUUGUUUUUCUGGUACUUCGUUCCACCAACAAACACAGGCACACAGUACUCGUUUAGUGGCUGUAACCACAGACAACAAGCGUAAGAUUCCGUUGCAGAUACCCGCGACGACUUUAAUUAAAAUAGAGGCGGAUCAACCAAAAUCGUUGCAACCUAUCAGUACUUCACCUUCGAGUACUGCAACUGUCAUCACAGAUGUUACUCCAUUGAUCACAACUCACGUUAUUUACCAACAUCCUACCAAUUUUAUUGUAUCUCAAAGUCCUGCAUCAGAGAUAGGUACCCAAACAACAUGCAAAUCUCAAGCCACUUCACCAGUAGCAUGUCUGACUCCUCCUCCAGAAUUACAAACAAAAGAGGUCAAGAUUUCUUCAGUGCAGGACGCCAGUAAUCAGACCGAUGCUGUGAUGGGUAAUGACGAACCCACAGCAUUAGUUUUGGAUGUACUAGAGAAGCCAGCAACACCAAAUACUAUGUUGGAGCUACCAGAAAAAACAUUAAUUUUAGAAAAAAUUGAAGAACCACAAGUUGUUCAAGAACCAGAGUUACAAGAAGUAUCGAAAGUUCCGCAGAAGCUUGCCCUCACAGCUGGAUUAGAAUUGUUGUCCAAUAGUAUCGAUCAGUUUGAAUCAUCUGUGAACCACACAGAAAACUUACCAGAAAAAGAAGAACCCAAAAGUGCAACCCUUGAAGGUCUAGAUUUGCUAUGCGCUCUUGCUGAGCAAAGAAUUUUGGAAGAAAAUGAAAACCCCGUGGUUGAAGCUGAAAGUUUCCGGAAACGCAAGAAAGAAAAGAGAAAGUCUAAGAAACAUUCAUACGAUGAGCCUAAGCGAAAAAAAUUAAAGAGCGAUAAACAUCAUGAUAAAAAGAAACACAAGAAAAAUUAUAAAUUAGAAAGGGAAUGCCCGUGUCAGGGAAGUUAUGAAAUAUUUAAAGCUCCUGACCAAGAAGAAAAUACCAAGAAUCCUAAUGAUAAGAGUCAAAUAGUUUUUAAUGAUGGAAAUGUUAAAGAAGAAUGGUUGUUGAGCGAUAAAAGUGAAUCAGAUGUUAAAGUAAUCAAUCCAGAAGAUGAACAUCGCACUCCAGAGAAUAAAUCUGAAAUAACGAUAGUACAACCCAAAAAAAUCAACUUUGUUAAAAAACAUUUCAGAUCUAAAUCGGCAGACUUUGAUCAUAGAAUUAUUUCUUCAUUAAACAACAAUUUUCUGCCAUUAUUAAAACCUCCGGUUCUAACUGAAACGCCGAAAUUUGAAACCAAACAUAAGAUAGAUGAAAAUGAUUUUGACACGUCUCCCGAAAAACAACCAUCAACUCAAAAAAGAAAAGUUGGACGACCGAAAAAACUAAUGCCAUUUUCAAAAGAACAAGUAACCACAGAAACAAUCGUAUCUAAGAAACCCAAGAGCAACCUCAUAGGAUAUUUUCUUGCAGCUAAAGAAAAGUUUAGACUACAGAAUAAAGAGAGCCUUUGCGAAAAUACAGACAGAUACUUGGAGGAAGAAACUCCAAUUAAAAGAAAAACAUCUAAAAAGAAACAUUCUUUUAUUGGGGAUUUGAAAACUUCCAAGAUAAAACCGAAAUUAAAGGCCGAACCGACUUUCAAAUCUUUUGAGGACCGCGAAUCUGUCGAAGAAUUUGAUGAGGAUGAUCAAAAUAAUUCUGUUAUAAUUAAAAUCAAAUCAAAUCUUGUUGAAAUUCAAGACAAGCAUGGAGAUCAAAAAGAAGAUCAAGAACGCGAGGAGUCGUUUCUUAAAAUGAAACAAAAUCCUGAAGAAAGGCGAUGUGUUUUGACUGCUGAAUUGCUAAAAGUUGACAAGCUUAGAGUGCUUACCGCAAUGGGUGGAUUGUUUUAUGCUGGGCAGCUCAAUGCUAUUGAACCGCCUGAUGUUUAUUCCAUCGUUUUAGAUGGAGAAAGAGGGAACAAACCACAUAUAAUGUCCAGAGAAGAAAUUCUUAGGGAUGCAAUCGUCGAAGUAUCUCCUCAAAAUGUCAGUGAACUGUUAGUUGGAACCAGAGUCUGUGCAUAUUGGAGUCAACAAUAUCGAUGUCUUUAUCCAGGCAGUAUCGCGGAACCAACUUCUCCAGAUUCCGAGCUAGAUAAUAAGUUUGUAUUAGUAGAAUUUGAUGAUGGAGACAGUGGCCGAAUAGAUUUGAAGGAUAUUCGAUUGUUACCAUCAGAUUAUCCUGUCAUUGAAUAUGAUUUGAAUCCUUUAUUAAGCUUGAUGAAAAGGAAAAAGAAACCAUCAAAGACUAAGGAUGUAACAGAACCAGAAGUAAUUGAGACAAGAGAACAAAUACCUGAAAGAAUUAAGAUGACCAUUGACAAAGUUGAUGAACCUGAAAAACUAAAGGAAUGCAGGCAAGAGAAACACUUUAAGAAAAAACUUUUAAAAAGAAUAAAACGAGAAAAAAUGAUACAAGAAGAAAAAAGGAAAAAGAAGAAACAUAAAUGUUAUGAUAGAAAAGGUAAAGAACGAAAACAUCACAAGAAACACCGAAAACAUAAAAAACGACACGAAAAAAACAAGACCAGUAAAAACGAAAUGGGUGUUGAAGAAAAUAAUGAAAUUAUUUUGGAGACAUCAAUGAAACCCGAUUUCAGUGAAGAAAAAGUAUUAUUUAUAAAACCCAGUGAAGAAAAUGAAAUUAAAGUUAAUAUUAAUACCAGUAUUGAAGAUGAAAAAGAAGAUACAUUAGUUGUAAACACCGAAGUUUCCAAUAAGAAAAAAACGAAUAUGCGAGAUCGUCAAGAAUCUUGUGAAAGUCGAAGUAAAAUGAGUGCAUUUUUGCCUGCCCGCCAAUUGUGGGGUUGGGCCGGAAAGGAAUACAAACGUCAAAGAGUGAGAGGAAGAUUUAAAAAGUUUUUCUACAAAUCGAUUCAACGCGGAAAAGAAGUAAUAACGGUCGGAGAUUCUGCAGUAUUUUUAUCAACUGGGCGGCCAGAUCGGCCUUACAUUGGCAAAAUCGAAGCCAUGUGGGAAUUAUUCGGUACAAUGAUUGUCAAAGUUAAAUGGUUUUAUCAUCCAGAAGAAACUAUUGGUUGUCCACAAAAUCUUCAAUAUCCGGGAGCUCUUUUUGAAUCACCUCAUAUCGAUGAGAACGAUGUUCAAACAAUAUCGCAUAAGUGUGAUGUCGUACCUUUAGAGCAAUACAGACAACGUUUGGGAGAUGAUCCCGAAAAUUAUGCAACCAUCUACGACAAUAAUGAUAUCUACUAUUUGGCCGGUUAUUAUGAUCCAACUUCUUGCAUCAUGAAAAUGGAACCCGGCAUACCUUUUGCAAAAACUAAUUGACAAACAGUUUGUUUAAAAAAAUGUAUUUAACGAUAAUGGGUAGAUUCCAUUGGAGGUGGUGAAUUAUACAAUACCGUUGUUUGCAAACAAUCGGCAGGUAGAAUAUUAAAUAAUAAACGCGAUAAAAUAUCUUCUCCGAAAAGACUGUUUAAACAGACACAUGCUUUACGGGGAAGCUUAUUUUUUGAGCUGCAUAUUUUUAUAAAAUAUUUUUGCAAAUUUUUUAUCUAAAAUUUUUACAUCCUGUUAGUUUGAUAGAGCACCUGUAGAUAAUUAAUUACAAGUGUUUGCAACAUGAAUAAGGAAAAUAAUUUUCUUAUGCAACCUUAAAAUAACUGAUAGGAGGAGUGUUUAAUUGUUUUUGGAACUCAUAUUUAAUUAAUGAAACAAUGAAAGCAGUUCACCAACUUUUUAAAUGGAAUACACCAUUGUCUACCACCAAACCAGUACAAUUAAUGCAAUAUGAAUCGCUAACUGAUAUUAUAAUUCAAUUUAUAACAUUUUAGAGGUUAAAAUGUAAAAAGUAUGUCCAACACUAAUAAUUGCACUGAUAUUUUGUGUCUUUAUUUUCGGAAAUUACAUUUUUUCUUGCGAUUUGUUUUCUAGAUAGGUUACUUGGAUUAUUUGGUAAUGUACUUAUAUUCACAGGAAUGUUUUAUUUGGUGAUGUGAUUUCUAAACAAUUGCAAAAAAUAGUUAUAAUUUAAUACUUUCAAAAGGUAUAAUACGAUUUCAUUAAAGGAAAACUAAUUCAAUCGAGACUAUUUGUCAUAAACACAAAACGAAAUUUGUAUAAAUACUUGGCUUUUAUUUGCCAUAAGAAUAUUAGGUGAUAACAUCUAAUUAUAUGAUGUGUUCCGUAAAGAUUAUAGUGUAAUAAAGAGCAUGAAAAGCUGGACUACCACACCUACAAAUUAUUCUUAAUUACAACUACAACAAUGAAUAUAUCUUUUCUUAGUUCCCAGAAAUUAGGAAUUGUAAAAAGCAGUCCACAUUACAUAAUAAGUAGAUUGUACCUUCAUACUAUAAAAUAUAAAUUGAUUAAUAGGAAUGCUUUUUUAGAAACUGAAUUGUCUAUAUUUUAACCCAGUGAUUUAAAUGUAAAAAUGUUAUGUAGGUAUGUCCGAAAAGUAACUGACCUUAUGUCAUAGUAGCGUAAAAAAAUUAAUUUUAAUCAAUAGCAAUGAUUUCCUUGUGAGAAGUCACUAUAUUUCUCGGCGGCUUCUAUACCACUUUUACAAGCACUUUAUUUCUGGAAUUGAUUUUUAUUUAUUUCGUCUUGGCAUUCAGAUAUUUCCUUUAAAAGUAUUUUUUGAAACCAGAAAUCGUAGGGAGAUAGUUCAAGCUGGAAACUGACCAUCGAAGUUGAAUAAAUGCAUCAUUCGUUAGAAAUUACUGGAUAAGUGAGAUACAUUUUCACGGUGAAGCAUCCAGUUGCUACUUUGCCACAAUUGAGACAGUUUUGUUCUCACUGCAACAAGAAACGGCUUUAGAAUUUUUAGACAAUACUCAUUGUCGACUGUGUUCUGUUAUAUACUUUUUCUAGAAGAAGAGUGGCCUUUUUAUCCAUAUUUUUCAGUUACUAUCAAAUGUGAUGGACCCAAAAAUCAAUAUUUAAACUGGGAUAUCUUCUACAACUAGCGAAUGCCUGUUUUUUCGAGAAUAAUUAUGUGUGUUGAAGAUUAUAGAAAUACAAAUUUCUUCGAUUUUGAGAAACAGUUUCUUAAAAAAUAAGACGAGAAUAAAAAUAUAUAUUUUUUAACUUUAUAUAACAUUUCUUGUAAAUUAUAUUCACCAAAUCUAUUGUUCACAUCGUACAGUUUCAUUUUUUUCACCCUUUCAGGCAUUCCUCUGCUCCCUACUGAGGGGUGACAGUAGGCUCUUCCCAGUCGGGAUUAAGUUGCUAUUUGGUUAAGCUCCCCAAACAUGCAUGGCAGCUUUACAGCCCCUUGCACUUGUGUUAUCAUUUGAAUGCCAUACUCCUUCCCAUUCAUUUAGCUUAUAAAUUCUACCCAUACAUCCAGACCGUGGCUGGUCAUACAAUGCUGAGCUGUGAUCGGUCUUUUAAAUAUCUUUCACAGUCAGCCAACGACCCAGUUUGGUUUCAAUUUUACUUUACUUAAUUUGUCAUUUAAAAAUAGGUGAAUAAGCCGAAAUUGCAACAUUUUAAAACAUACUCAUUUUCAUUCAUCAACACACAUUAUCAUUAAUCAAAACAAUUUAUUUUCUAUCUAAAUUAAUAAAAAUAAUAUUCAACAUUUGUACCAUUUAGAAUAGAUUAAUAUACUUUAAGACAGCUACCGGUUUCGACCCAAGGGUCAUCAUUAGGCCUAAAAAAAUGGGUAAUAUUAAUUGAAAGCGCUACAAACCUUGGUAAAAAGGAACAAUAAAUGUUGGCGAUACAAUCAUACGAAAAUGGUUUUUAAUUAGAGAAUAACAAAAUUGGUACCAUUAAACGUAGAAAGGAAAAAUUGACUCAGGCUUAAAAAUCAUACAAUAUGCCUUAUUGAUGGAAUGUACAAAUAAAAUCUAUAACUAAUAUUAAAUUAAAGUCAUUGGAUAACAAGUAUUCAAAAAAUUGUUAAAGAAAAAGGAAAUGCUCAAAAUUUAAGCCAGAAAAAACUACGUGGGUUAAAAUGGUUUUUUAACCCACAUUGAUAUAAAAGUAUUAUUAAAGAGGAUCCCACCCUUGAACUCGGUUUCAAACUUUGAUGGCAAACGGUGUGGAAAAAUUCUUGUCUUCUAGCAAGUCUGAAGAGGUAUAUAAUAUUGUAAACGAGUAAAAAAGAUUCAAACCAAUGAGGUAUUGAGUUGCUUGAACAUUGUAGUGUGUAAGGCUUGAGUUAUCUUUGACAUUUACCUUAAAUGAUACAUGUUUAACAAGUAAGUCCAUAACAAACACACCAUUUAAAUUAAUACUAAUCUAGGUAGUAAUUUGAUAAUUAAAAAAAAAGAGCAGAAAUAAAUGGUGAAAAUGAUUUAAAACUUUUAUUGACAUCUUAUCUGGCGUCAUGAGAAAUGUCUAAAAAUAUAGUAUUGCCAGAUCAAUUAGAACAUGUCAGUGGUCGUUUUGAGGUCGAGUAAAAGUAAAGUAAAAAAAGAACUAAACUAAAUUAUUGAACCUGUAAGUGAGCCAUUGUUAAUGGCUCAAAAAAAGUUAUACCUAAAAUGAGAAAAAUUGAAAAACUCCACUAACCUAACCUGGAGCCAUCGAUAAGACCUGGAGUCAUUGCGGGUAUGAUAAAGUAGACAUUGUUAUCCUUCCUUUUACGCAUGGGUCAAAACCAGUAGCCAUCGUGUUAAUAAAGUUUAUUUGGUACAGAUUUUGUCAACCACAUUCGAGCAAUUAAAUACCCUCAAUGAUUUAUUUUCUAUAUAGUUGAAUAAUCGACGGAUCCCGACGACUUUAGGGACAGUGGAAUUUUAAAGAAAUUUAUUUUUUAUCAGAAAGAGCGUAUUUUAAAUAGUACAUUAAAAAAAAAAUUGCGGUAAAUGCAUUAUUUAAACCAAAAAAGUUAUUUAAUUUCUAUAAAAAUCAGCAUUUUGACGACUGUAAACAUCGAAACUCGUUUCUGUCAAAUUUGGAAAAUAUAAUUGCAACGUUGCCGGAUUGUGAUAAUUAGUAGUUAAUGGAAAAUUGUGAUUGCCCAUACCGGUCCAUAAAUAUGCAACAAGAAAACGAAGCAACGAUAAGUCGUUAACAUUAACCCAUACCUGGCUACGCCGACCGGCAUAGACUCCAACGGCCUGAACACUGCUCAAAUUGAAUUGAAAACGUAAACUUUUUCACAUAAUUUCUUGCGAUUGCGAUAACCAGUCUAUAAAUAUGCAACAAGAAAACGAAGCAACGAUUUCGCUCCGCCACCAAAAAACAUCAACCCAUACCUGGCUACGCCGACCGGCAUAGACUCCAACGACCUGGACACAGCUCAGAUUGAAUAAUUGAAAUGAAAAGUCUCAAAUAAACACGUUUAUAUUCUGGUUUUAUCAUCUGGCCUGGAGCUAUUGAAAAAACAGCCACUGUCAUUCCUAUUAUGUACGGUCUUUUACUGUUUGACAACACCACAUUUAUAGAAAUAAAAAUGUUAGUUGUCAUAUUAUUCAUAAACAAAAAAUAAUAUAGUACGGUAUUACCAUGAAUAUAUUUAUUUAGAACAAAUAACAAAAAGCAAUUGGCAACAUCGCUAAAAUCACGCACAGGCGCUCUUAGUGUGACUGUCAAAUCGAAAGAAUUAAAAACAAUAUGGC